AUGGCCACCCUUCAGGUUGCCGCAGCAGACCUGUCGGCCACCAAAAAGAAGGCUGUCGAGGAUGCCGACAAGAUGCAGCGCUCCAUUAUACGCGAAUGUGCCGAGAACGGCAGGGAGCCCCCUCCGUACGCCCUCUCCGAGCUCAUUGGCAAAGGAAGCUUCGGCCGCGUCUACAAGGCCAGAGCCUCGGCCUCUGGGCAGCUUGUCGCCGUCAAGAUCAUCAGCAUCGACGAGGGCGACAGUCUUGCUCCGGGCGCUGCCGACACCUUCAAGGAUAUCCUCAAGGAGGUCAACACCCUCAAGAAACUUGGGGACAGCGGCGCCAGGAACAUCAACACCGUCAUCGAGACGCUUCUCGUAGGCCCUGCCAUGUGGAUCAUCACCGAGUACUGCGGUGGCGGCAGCGUUUCCACCCUGAUGCGUCCCUCUGGGGGUCUACCCGAGAAAUGGAUCAUACCGAUCCUGCGCGAGGUUGCAGAGGCGCUGUACUGGGUGCACAAGGAAGGCAUCAUUCACCGCGACAUCAAGUGCGCCAAUGUGCUGGUGACCGAGAAGGGCGGCGUCCAGCUUUGCGACUUCGGCGUUGCUGGAAUCAUCGAGACCAAGUUCGACAAGAGGAGCACUGUGACGGGCACGCUGAACUGGAUGGCUCCUGAGCUCUUCGACAUGUCUGUCUCAUACGGUACCGAGGUCGACAUCUGGGCAUUUGGCUCUCUUGCUUUCGAGGCUGCCACUGGCUUGCCCCCGAAUGCAAAGAAUAUGGCGAGGAUCGACAUCCCCCAGUUUGGCUCCUAUCUGAAGCAGCACUGCCCCCGCCUCGAGGGUGACCAAUACUCGGAGCAUCUGAAAGAUUUGGUGGCCUUCUGCAUGACCGAAGACCCGAGGAACCGGCCUGCUAUCAGCCAGGUCCAGAGGCAUCCAUAUAUCAACAACACGGCCAGUGAUUACCCAACCCAGUCGCUCUCCAUGCUUGUCAAAGCCUACCGCCUAUGGGAAGUGCAGGGUGGGAACAGGAUGUCUCUGUUCAACGCUGGAGGCGCACAAGGUCUUGCCUCCAACGACGCCCCGGGACCUUCUGGAGAGGAUGGCUGGAAUUUUGAUACCGUGACUGGCGGAUUCGAUGUCCCACGUCUGGGAGACACAGAAGCCAAGGCCGUCUACGAUGCGUACGGGCCUCGUGUCUCCAUGAUGCCUCCGCCUCCUAGAGACUCGAGUCGCCGCCGCCGACCCCCCAAUAUCCCCAAGCUAAAAGGUCCCCUGGAGAAGGCCUUCGAUCCCAAUACCAUCACAACCUACGAAGAUAAUUCGCGACUGUUUUACGGCAGGCUCAUGCCAACUUCGGCGCCCGAGAUGGGCAUGGAGAACAGCGACAAGCCCGCCACCAACAACAACGUGAAUGAGCCAGCCCGCGAGUCUCUGAUCGAUCUGGACUUGUCCCUCGACGGCGACAGGCUAUCUCGAUUUGCAGACAUGAACGGCGGCACAAUAAAGGGUGCCCAGCGGCCAAAGCACGAAACAAUUCGAGAAUCUGGCCUGAUCGACCUCGACAUGUCACUGGACGGAGAUAGGCUCUCCCGGUUCAACAGAAGCACGCGGGAGUGGACAUUUGCAAGUGCCGUGUCCACGAACUCGCACCUAGGAGGCGAGUGGUUCCAGUCCAACGAAGAUGAUGACUACAUGGCCCUGGACUCCCUCCCUCAGGCCGCAGCCGCACAUCAUCAUCAUAACAACUCACUGGAGGUGGACCUCCCGCCACGGGCGGCCACCAGCCUGGAGGUCAGCCGCUUCUCCUCUUCGAGCCUCAUCGAUCUUGAUGCGAGCCUCACCAGCGAGGAGGGCGAGCUUCUGCGCCCCUCUACUUCGCUUGCGGAGCCUGCAGCAUCCGAGACGUGGAUGCCUAUGUUCAGGUCGCAACAGCCAUCGUUCGGGUUGUCCAGUGAUGCCUCCCUCCAUUCGAGCAGGGAGCCUUCCCUAUACAUAUCAGACGAUGCCAUUCCCAGAAGCAAUAGGGAACCCUCCCUUUCCAUAUCGGAAGAUGCCAUCCCGAUGAGCAACCGAGAGCCCUCGCUGUAUAUUGGCGAUAUGAGUCCGAAUGGGUCAUUUUCGGCCUUGUCGGCAUCGGAGAGGGAGCCGUCUAUCUAUGUCCCUGAUGAUGUCGGCCUCGGGCAAGUGCCGUCCACACCUACCUCGGACGGCAUGAUCAUGACACCGCCCUCCGACACGAACGAUGCUGCUGAAGAGCUCGGCAUCCGCAUCAACGGCGAACGUGUGUCGAUCAACGUUGAAGAAUCAGACUUCGACUCAGAUGCCCCUAUGCCAUCGCUUCCGUAUAUGCCUCGGCCACCGACGGUGAAUGUGCUACAAGGGACUGGCGCCCAGGACGACGUCAAGGAUGAGCUCCAGCGGAUGAUACGAAGCCUCCAUGAGCAUCUACAGUACACGUCUUCUGUGCUACGAACCCUUCCAACUCGUCCAGGCCAGACGGAUUAUCCCCAGCCUGAAGUUGUGCUAUGA